AUGAAACGUUCUGUGAGUGGCGUCGAGGUGCUGUGCGACCCGGCGCGGCUGGCGGUGGUUGUGGUGGAGGCGUGUGUGUGCGGGCAGAAGGGCACUGCGUCGGAGCUGCUUCGGAGACUGGAUCAGCACCACGAGAGUGAUUCCGCACGGCUGAGUCCCCUGCCCGAGGGGGAUGGGCUGAAACGUAAUGCGCGGACGGAGAUCUUGUUGUAG